CCCCGGUCCAUGCAGGCCUUUUACUGAUCCAGUCCAUCGGUAUGCAGCCGAAUAGGCCGGUUGCUUUUCAAUGCAGCUUAUAAAGGACGAACUAGAAUUUAGAAGAGAACAUAAGUUUUUAUUUUUGAUUAUUUUGCCAUUUGUUUUCCUCGGUGUGAGACUGAUGUACUAUCUCCCAUUAAACUGUAUUAAAGAUCUUUGGAUCGAAAGACUGAAUGAGGAGAUUUAUUGAAUUGGGAGAAGUUGUGUGAAAUGAAAACUGUGGGAGAGUUUUUUGAAGCACUUCGAAUGAAGUUUUAAGUUUUAUCUGGAGCUGACGGAUAUGUUAUCACAACUGAAACUAAUCUCUUAAUUGUGAGAAUUUUGUUGGUACAGACAUACAAGACAAGCAUCCCCGAUAACUAUACAAUGAUUCCUUGAUAAAUAAUUUCUAUUGAAAGAGUUAUGUAUUAGCAACAAAAAAACCAUGUUACUAAAUAUAUUUAGAAUGUACUCCAAAUUCAUGAUUAUCAUUACAAAAGUCACUGUAUAAUAUGAUAAACGAAAUGUAAUUUAAUACUAUGAAGAUUUGCUACUUGCAAAGCAUCAGAAAUUUGCUAGCUGCUAUUUGGUUGAAAAUAUCUAACUGCUUGGGUUGAAAAUAUCCAAUUAUAGGAAGCAUGUAUGGCUAAAGAUGGUAGAGUUUGGAUUUUAUGAACGGCUGUUGCGUUUGGAUUUUUAAAAAAAAACUGAUAAAAAUUAUAACAACUUCUCUGCUUUAUUCAAGAUAAUCCAUUUUGUGAUAAUGGAUUAAAUUGCCCAAGAUGUUAAACAGUUUAAGAUUCGUUAAGCAUGAAAACAUUUAUUCGAAUUGUGUUUAAAAUCUAGAAUGAAGAGAUUUGUCCCUACAAAACAAGUGACAUUUUCCACAAUGCAAAACCAUCUUUUACCUAGAGUGUAUUUCAUUUGUUUCAUGUGUUAUUGCUCAAACAUAAUUUUAGCUUAUGGAAUAGAUGAAACACAAAUCAUUGCAGCGAGUGCAUUGAAAGAGCAUGAAGCUAUGUACUCAAAAUGUGGAGGAAUUCUAAGAGAUUCGCAAGGAAUAAUCUCAACGCCGAAUUUCCCAAAGCCAUACCCGGUACCUAUAAACUGUAGGUGGGUCAUAGAAGCUCCUGCAGAUAAAGUCAUAGCUAUCUACUUUACACAGUUCUAUAUGAGAGAAGGCUUGACAGUUAACGAAUAUGCUUUUUUCUCAGACACAUUAUACAUGGGCAAAAAGGAAUUUGGAAUGAUAAGUUCUGACAGAGAACCUACCUACCUAGUGAGUAACAAACCAGUUUUGGUUUUGGACUUUUUGGUACGAGAAUCUGGAAAUAUUCAUAUGCGAGUACGCGAACAUUUACUUGAUGUUUUUGGUUUCAACAUGACUUAUGAAAUUGUGGGUAGAAAUGAAUCAAUUCGAAAGGAUGCUUGUCUAUACCAUCAUUGCUCAUUUACUGGCUCAUGCUAUGCAACUGCUCUGUUCACAGCCUAUGUAUGUCAUUGUUUCACAGAUUUCUACGGCUCUGAGUGUCAAUACAAUCCCGGUUGUGAACCGGGAGCUGUCUCAAGCUGCCAAAAUGGAGGAACAUGCAGGUAUUACAUAGGAUCUACAGUGAAAACGUGUGAAUGUCCGUCCGGCUUUGAAGGUUCAAAAUGCGAGAAAAGAAAAGAUGAUCGGAGACUCUUAGCUCAAUGUGCUGCCUUAGGAUGCGCACAGACAUGUGGUCAGACAAAUCAUGGAGACUAUAAAUGCACCUGCUUGACUGGCUAUCACUUAAUAGAAGACAAGAAAACUUGUGUUGAAAAAGGUAGAACAAGAUACUUAAUUACAUUUAAGCUCUAUGAUCAAAACGUUGAUUUAGCCCAUUUGGAUGCAACUCGUCAUAAUCAACUAAAAAAAGGAAUUGAAAAUGCGCUUUUACAGCUAUUCCAGCCAAGACUUUACAAGACAGAAAAUUUGACAGUUUUGAGCUUCCAACCAGGGGCUGUUGUCCAGUUUCAUUUCUUUGGAGAGAAAGAGGAUAGCCAUCAAGCAAAGAGUAUAAUGGAAGAAGCUUUAAAAUUUAAAUCCAUAGGAAAGUAUGCCGUAGAUAGAAACUACAUAAGCUUCGAAUGGGAGCCAGCUUUAAGCAUACAAAGCAUUGAAGCAUCCGAAAAAAUGCCUGUAGUUGAAGGAUCAGAGAUGAAUCUUGCUUGUGUUACCCAGGGAUCGAGUGCUAUGCAAGUUCGAUGGUUCAAGGAUGGGGCUGCUAUCAAUGUUCAAACAUCCUACCGCAAUAUGUGGACAACCUUAGUUCCAAAAAACUCAAAAGACCAGUAUACUGUUAUUUUAGGUUUUGAAAAAGCUACGAUCCAUGAUUCAGGUGAAUUUACGUGUCAGGUAACUGACUGGGGAACAAUACAGAAUAAAAGUAUAAUGGUUUCAGUAGUAUCAGUUCCUGAACCACAAGUGGUACCUUUGACAUCGACUGUUGCUCAAGGUGAACGAAUUGUUAUUACAUGCUUGUCUGAAGAAGAUGUGUUUGGAAACUUUGGGUACAACUGGCUCAAAAAUGGCCGCAUCUUAAAUCCAUCUGUUGAACCAGAAAUGGUGGAAGAUUUGUACCCGGCAGGGAGCCGUAUUAUUAUACAUCCAGCCCGAGCAUCUGCUACGUACACAUGCAUUGUAACAAGUACUGCUGGAGCGGUUAGAAAAGAUAGCACUGUAACUGUGCUUAUGUCUAGAGAGCACACCCCCACAUGUUCUCCCGAAAAAUAUCUAGAAGUCAAAUGGACAGUAACGGCACCCAACACAGAAGAUAUUCAGUUUUGUCCAAAAGGAUACACAGGUGAAGUCCGAAGACUUUGCAAUCUCAAAAAAGAAAAUGAAGCUGCUUGGAGUGAACCGGACUAUUCGAGAUGCUUAUCUCAAGAAUUCCAAGUCAUAAAAUAUAAGUUCGAGAGUUUGAGAAUGGGAUACCUUAUCACAGAGGUUGGUACUUUAUUACAAGAGCUGAAGGCUUAUUUGUGGAAUAUGAGGGACCGUUUCCAUAUUGCUGAAGGAGAACCAGUGGUUGAUUUGCUUGAAGAUCUGCAUGAUUAUCAAAGGAAGCAUGGAAAAAAUGAUGAAAUUCAAUUCAAGAACAAUUCUCAAAUUUUUUUGGACAUCGUUUCCUUCCUUUUGGAUUCACCACAGCUGAUUCAGAAGCAGUCCCACGUAAUUAAACUUCAUCAACAAAUCCUCAGCCAUGGUUUAUUACACGGAGCAGCUGUAACAGGGGACACUUUUCAUAUGUUCCAACGAUCUGCUCUGGUACUCGAAGUGGGUCAGGUACAAAAUGAAGGUCAGCGUAUACUAAGAUUCCCAAGUAGAAAGUCUACCAGAGAAGUGAAAGAAGCCUCGCAACCAACGUGGCUAACUGAUUCUGUAGAACUAGACUUCAAUACUUGGAUUGCAGAGAACUUUCAAGAUCUAAAUGAUUCUAUCAGCAUGGCAGUUGUAUUUUACAAAAAUUUCUCAGCUUUUUUACCUCAAAGAUUUUUGGCACAAUAUGGAUAUGGGUAUGGCUCUAUUUUGCACAGAGGUCUUGACAUGGAAUAUCAGUUGCACUCUAGAAUUGUAGCCGUGGCAAUGCAAACUGGUCAAAGGAGAGUUGGCUCACGAGCAUCUCGUCUCAAAGUUAAAGCUCGUCUUGCACAUUUGAAUCACACUGUGAAUCGACAAAUUAUGUGGAAUAUUUCCUGUGGUGUUGCAGAUUUUUCUCAGGGAAAUGUUCAAUUUUCAAUGGAAGGUUGUCAGCCAAUUCAAACUGGAAAUUAUUCACUUUGCCAAUGCAAUCAUGUAGGAACAUAUGCAGUUCUGCUCACUACUUAUGCACAGCCAGAUGAUUUGCAGUUCCAGGAUGGCUUCGAAGUAAUCGCUGGAAUUGGCUGUGCAUUAUGUGCCUUCUUCGUUUUCCUAACGUUUUUCAUCCUUCUAGUAUUAUGGAAAAAAAUUCGCGGUGCUAUAACAGCAUUGAAAUUACAAGUCUGUAUAGCACUAAUAGGUGCCUACGGUACAUUUCUCAAAGCUCUUCAUGAAUCUUUGUCUAAGGACUACUACCCAUACGUCAUUUCCCUGAUUCAGUUUUUCUUGCUUGCUGCUUUCUCUAUGCAACUAUGUAUUGGCCUUACAGUCUACAUGGAAUUCGUCGAAAUGAAAGGAGUGCGCUAUCCUGAGCUCAAACUUGCAACUAUGGGUUGGGCCAUUCCGAUGAUAGUUGUUGGAGCCACUCUUGCAGCUCAGGUUCCCGAGGGAUUUAGAUUAAAUAGCUGGUGGAUUCAACUGGAGACAAAUUAUUUUUAUGCUUAUUCCAUAUCUGUCAUUAUAAUUACAGUGUUACAAAUCAUGUUAGUGAUGACGGUGAAAACAGAGCUUAAAAUGUAUAGAAAAUUGGAGCCCACAAAACAUUCAAAAACUGUUAACAGGUCCCGUUUGCUCAACAGAUCUUUAAUUAUCAUAUUAUUCCUACUGAUGGUGUCGGCCUCUAGCUUCAUGUAUAUCAAUUUUGAUGAUGAACUUUAUAAAUUUAUUUUUUCUUCCGCUUCUGGAGUUUUGGGUCUUAUGGUCUUCCUUUGCUAUACAAUUUGCAGUGAAAACGCUCAUUCAUUAUGCUCAUCUGGUAAUUCGAUUGAAGAUGAAGAUGAAAAACAGGAACCAAGAUUGAAGGGCAGAGCGGGUUCAUUUCAAAGUUUCUUGAAACCGGAAAUUGUGAGUGACUCAUUCUGCAGCAAAAUGCCAGACACAAUUGAAGUAGAUGUGCGGAUGGAAAAACUGAGGAAACUGCGCUUUCAGAUGGGCUCUGAAGAUAUCGAGUGGAAAGAAGUGGAUCAUCUGCUGGUUGAGAAAUCUGCCGCCGCAUCCAUAGUGCGUGAUUUCACAGUCCAUCAACAGAGAUCUCCACUCAUUGUAUCCAAAUCGAAAGAUGUAACAGCGACAGAGUUGAUUGAUGCCAAUAUCGAUCCUAACGAUCCUCUUUGGGUAGCAAAAAAUGCUCCUGAUGAUCCUCUCUCACCAGCAUUUGAGCUACAGCAACUGGAUGAUAGCCCUCGAAGUAGCCAAUUCCAUAUCAAAGACGUUCAAGAAAUGGAACCUGAUGGCCAAGAGAGUCAAAAACAGUUUUAUGAGUUGGGAAUCAUGAAAGAUACACCUCCAGAUAUACUCGAGCCAACAAAGCAAGCAUAUUUUGCAAUCAAUACAUCAAGUCAGCAAGUUUUAAUGAAUCCCUGCUUGACCACCUUUGUAGGUAGUGGUGACAUCGGUGAACAGUGCAUUAUCAGUACCAAAAAAAUUACAGGUCCUGAUCAAUGUCCCUUAGCCAGUGAAUCGCUGAGGACUAGCUCAUAUUCCACAUUUCACCCCAAUCCAUCAUCUGCGGGUUUUCAAAGCUCUUACAUUGAGUUGAACAAUGGGAAGGUCACUGAAAAGAAGGAUUUUGCCUAUGUCACUAGCUCCGAAACUCAAGAUCCCAAUAAAUUAUCCUCUCAGGAAAAAUCCCCCUCACAUAAGAUUUCAGUCACUAAAAAACCUGUGAUCCUCAAAAUUCCUGAUAUUGGAGAUGAGCCUAUUGUAGCUACUGAUCCAACUCAAAAAAAGAAGGAUGCCCUUGGACUUCAAGUUGCAACUCCGAUUGUGCCAGGUGGGGAAAAAGAUUCUACAAACACUGAAAUGGAUCCCAAUUCUCAACAAGCCAAAAAAGGUUGGAGCAUAACAACUGUUUAAAAUAAUUUUUUAAACGACAGAUUGGUAUAUAUGUUUAUCUGUUUACAAUAAUAAAAUAUGGUUUAUAUAAUUA